GAGCCAAUUGUGUACGAACUGUCGUUACGAGGAGACGUCGUUACAUUGCUUGAUCGGUCGAGGUCGUGUCGCUAUAGUUUUUUUUUUGUAUUCCAAGUAGUUCUGAGUGUGUUUCCAAUUUGUUAUAGGCGGGUGGUUCGUUUUUUGGGGGUUUUAAAUGCGUUUUCGCUUUUUUUUGCUACCGUCUGUUCUGCAUCGCUAAUUUUCGGCAAGCUUUUCGGUGUUACUAAUCCCCGGGUAGUUAUCCAUAACUACAUAUUUCGUGGUGCUUUGGAGCGAGAAUUUCGGAUGAACUUAGCUGUUGCGUUCCUUUCUCCGUCCGUGCUAAGUGCGCUUAUUGGGGAGCCCUGAAUUGCUACUGAGCAAAGUUGUGUGCGCGGUUCAGCGAUCGGUUCCACUUAAGGAAUUUACACUGUGCGCUCGGAAUUGGAUAAUUGAUUAAUGGUGCCUGGUUUCCGACUGGAGAAGACGAGAAAGAAAAUCAUUCCAAAGUGCAGUUUAUACAUUCAAAUUUCGUUGUUCACUUUCUGUUUGGCUUCCGCAAAUCUGCUUAACCGCCCCCAAAUUUCGGUGCUGCGAAAUUUCUUAUUCUGAUCUGCGUUGAUCAUUUUCAGUAGUUAUUCGAAGAAAAGGUUUCUUUUUGUUUAAAAUUUAUUGAUUUGAUUGAGCAACUGCCAAGUGUGGUGAGUGAGAGGUGCAGUAUCUGGCAGCUCAAGAAAAGUGGAUUACUUCUGGAAAAAGAGAAAUUCCGUAAGUGCUAUCGAGUCGAAUCAUUGAAGCGAAGUGCAACCUCAAGUGUAAGCAAGAAGUGAGCGCCUGUUUGAAGGUUUCCCGUGUGAAUAUCCUCCAAGUGAAUAAGUUUGCUGCAGUUCAGCUCACCUGAAUCGAGCCGUUUUAUUUAUUUUUUUAUUCGGAAGAAAUCACCCAAAUCAGUCUCAAAAUGAAUAAAUCCUGCGCCCGCUGUCAGAAGGUGGUUUAUCCCAUCGAGGAGCUCAAGUGCUUGGAUAAGACAUGGCACAAAAGUUGUUUCAAAUGUCACGAGUGCGGAAUGACACUGAACAUGAAAACAUACAAAGGAUUCAACAAACUGCCCUACUGUGAAGCACACAUCCCCAAAGCCAAAGCAACAACCAUCGCAGAAACUCCGGAACUCAAACGGAUAGCGGAAAAUACCAAAAUUCAGUCCAACGUCAAAUAUCACGCAGACUUCGAGAAGCAGAAAGGGAAAGUCACACAGGUCGCUGAUGAUCCCGAAACGCUGCGGAUCAAGCAAAACACCCGGAACAUCUCCAAUGUGGCCUACCAUGGCGAUCUGCAGAAGAAAGCUGCCAUGGAAAGACAAAGAGAAUGUACAGAAAUCAUCGACAGUAAAGACAACAACGAGCUAGAAUCGGAAUACUUUUCCGAACAGCUGGCGGCAGAAUCGUUGCCCCAUUACCAACCACCUCCCCCACCACCGGUCGUAGCACCAGCAUCACACACACUGUCCCAGGCGUCGAUGAGCGGCUCGACGACGUCGCUGUCUUCCAUGGGCCCGAACGCGACGGCCACCUCGAAUCCGACGGCGGCCAUUUCCCAGCAGGCCCAAAUUACCCCGACCUCGACGCUCACCAAGCACAAUCUAAGCAAUCUGAACCAGGCCCAGAACAACUAUCAAGCAUCACAGGCCUACCAGCAGAUGGCCAACAACAACUACAACAGUGCCCAGAUACCACCCCCGGCAGCCUACCAACAGCCACCGAACCACUAUCAUCACAAUAGCAAUAGCAGCAGCAACAGUAGCAACCACAACAGCGACCUCGGUCGACAAUCGGUGCUCCAAAGCUCACAAAUCCCAUCCGGCGCUGGUACCCAGCAGAAACAUUACGAUCCCUACGACAACUACGCUAGGCCAAACCCGAACGCCGCCACGACCAUGGUGAGCAACAACAAUAACUACAACAACCACUAUCACCAGCACAGCCAACAGCAGCAACCGAGCGGCGGUGGUGUAGGUGGAGGUGGAGGCGGUGCAAGCGAACGAAGCAAUGGUGCUACCACCAAUCACAACUAUCACCAUCAGCAGAUGCAUCAGCAACAGCAACAACACUAUCACCACCAACAACAGCAACGCGAAGCCUACGCACACGCCCAGCAACAACAGCAACAGCAACGAUACAACAACGGUCAACACUACCAGCAACAGCAACAACAGUACCAGUACAACAAUGGUAAUCACAACAAUGGAGCAGGUGGCGGCGGCGGCGGCAUCGGCAAGAUCGCCGAUUACGAUCCCUUGUCUGAUGGGCCGAGAAAUGUGCAACCGAAUCGGCAGAGCGCCACGCUCAUCUACAGCUCCGGCACCUUGAACGCCAACAACAACCGACGAGUGGGCUCCGUUAACGACCUCGAUCCCGUCAAUGGAUUCUACGGUUCGGUUACGGAAGCUACACAGCAGCAACAACAGAACGCCAUGUACCUUCAACAGCAGCAACAGAAACAGCAACAACAACAGGCAGCAGCUCACCAUCAGCACCACCAACAGCAGCAACAGCUUUAUCAACAACAACAACAGCAAAGACAGGCGCAACUCCAACAGCAGCAGCAACAGCAACAACAACAACAAUCGCAAUACAUUCAGCCUCCUCAACAGUACGGCCCUCCGACUACAGCUCCGGUGUCGAAGUCAAUGGGAAAAGUGCGCGUUUACCGAGCUCUGUACGACUACGAGGCCCAGGACAGCGACGAGGUUGGCUUUGCCGAGGGCGAUCUGAUCAUCGAGGUCAACUCGAUCGAUUCCGGCUGGAUGACCGGUCGCGUUGAACGGACCGGACUCACCGGAAUGCUGCCGGCAAACUACGUUGAACAGGUCAAGAUAUAAGGCGCCUUUUAUCGCCAGCCACUUCGUGUUUGUUGAAAGUUACGUUAGGGGUUAGCAACGCCCUAAAGGUGAAGUGUGUAUCUGAACUUCGCAAGGUAAGUGCGCAGAGAAAACUUUAUAGAAUCGCCCCGCGAUUCGGGCAACAUUAUUACCAUUAUUAGUUUUCAAAUGUACUGUAUAAAGGAUGAAAGAAAAAAGAAUAAUUUAAAAAUCUUACUAUAGACACAACUACUUUACGAGUACAUUCAAUUAGGGUGAAUUUCGCGAGCAGGAGUGAGUAUGUUUUUAAUUUUAUUUUCUUGUUAUUAUUUUGAUAUACGCGUUAUUGCUUCUAUGCCCUUCUAAAUAAGAGUCAUUCAGCCAAAAAGGUGCUGAUUAUGAGAAGAAUAGAAAAUGAAUUCAUAGGACAAACAUAUUAACGUUGGAUUAUUUUUAAAACAAAAUAAUAAUCUUACAUCAAUUGAUUUGGUAGCAUUUUCGCAGCUGUAAUUUGUAAAACAAGUAUACACCUUUUUCUAAUGUAAUUUACAAUAUUAUACACAGAUAGGAUCCACGUUAGGUGUUGAUAAAACAAUUUAAUAAACUCGUGUACGCACGCGUAACUCAUAGAUGAGACUAAAGUAGCAACUGUGCCUUUGUUCUAUCCUAAAUGUUAUUACCGUUUUUCGAAAAAGCCCCUUUUUGGAUGCAAUUUUUACAUCAGUAGCUCUAAGAAACCGUUUUUCCUAAACAAAAAAGUUGUAAUGGGUACCCCAAAAUUGCUAGACAAAAAACAAAACAAAAACCUCGAGCUUCCGUUGGUUCUAUACAGGUUCUGUGAUAGAAGUGUGUGUAUUCGGAUGUUUGUUAAAUAUUUGUUUCAAUGAUCGGCGCAUCUUCAACCGUUUUACACCCCCUCCUAAACACAACGCGAUGCACCUGAUGGUGAUGAUGUUUUGAAUACCCGAGUCCUUAUAUCAAUACUAUAACGCUCAACAAGUCAGCAAUAAGUGUCAGCGAACACUUUGUGUACGUAGUUAUAAAAAAAACACUUCAAUGUCAGUGUUAACACAAUAUGAACCCGUAAUCGGCAAACGCGAAUAACACCUACAAACCUACCCUAGCAAGUGCUUCAGUAAGGUAGGCACACCCGGAAAGCAUGUACUAAAUAGUAAGAAGUGUAGUCUUCAACAGCAGCUAGCUAGCAUACAUGUAACCUCUCCCCAUUUCCCCCCAAACAUCCCUUUUUUCAAAGUGCUACUGUUAAAUAAAUGCAAAAUAAUGAAAUGCAACAAAAUGUUCUAUAACACUAGGUCAUAUAUUAUAGUGGAUACCAUCAAAGAGAUCAGCGAAAAUGAAAAAUUGUAA